CGCCUCUCUGAUGCCUUGCUCGGAGUUUCUGCACCUUGAUAACGUUAACCUGGAAGGUGUUCAGGAACCCGGAGUUCACGCUGCGAGAUUGUGAGCGGCAGUUCAUUGCUGAUUGGGACCCUGCCAAACGCACGGUUCAUCACCAAACACGCACUGACUCCCGUCCAGACCCUGCAUCUGCUGGACGGGCGCGACUGGCUGAUAGAGCACGGUGGAGCGAGGUGCGCUUGCCUCAAUCGGGGAACGCUACUGUCAACAAUCAAAUUUCCCCACCAGCGGUCACCUAAACCGACCUCGAGGCUUCCACUGAACCCUCAAUUUUCCACUCCGCCAGUUCGCGAGUCGUCUCUCGGCCUCCAGUUGUCGCCUUUUCCGAUCUGCUCACCUUUUCGUUUACCAGUUUGCACGCUUUCUCGACAUCGCUAUCAAGAUGCGUGAGAUUAUCAGCUUGAACGUCGGCCAGGCCGGUUGCCAGAUCGCGAACUCCUGCUGGGAGCUUUACUGCCUUGAGCACGGCAUUCAGCCCGAUGGCUACCUCACUGAGGAGCGCAAGCAGGCUGACCCCGACCACGGCUUCAGCACCUUCUUCUCCGAGACUGGCAACGGCAAGUACGUGCCGCGAACAAUCUAUUGCGAUCUCGAGCCCAAUGUCGUCGACGAGGUCCGCACCGGCCCCUACCGCGGCCUUUUUCACCCCGAGCACAUGAUUACCGGCAAGGAGGAUGCGUCCAACAACUAUGCCCGUGGCCACUACACGGUCGGCAAGGAGCUGAUCGACCAAGUCCUCGACAAGGUCCGCCGGGUCGCCGACAACUGCAGCGGUCUUCAGGGUUUCCUUGUGUUCCACUCCUUCGGCGGCGGUACCGGUUCCGGCUUCGGUGCUCUCCUCAUGGAGCGCCUCUCGGUGGACUACGGCAAGAAGAGCAAGCUCGAGUUCUGCGUCUACCCCGCGCCUCAGACCGCCACCUCGGUGGUUGAACCCUACAACUCGAUUCUGACCACCCACACCACUCUCGAGCACGCCGACUGCUCCUUCAUGGUCGACAAUGAGGCCAUCUACGACAUCUGCCGUCGCAACCUCGGCCUCGAGCGCCCCAACUACGAGAACCUCAACCGCCUGAUUGCCCAAGUCGUCUCCUCCAUCACCGCGUCUCUCCGCUUUGACGGCUCGCUCAACGUCGAUCUCAAUGAGUUCCAGACCAACCUGGUCCCCUACCCGCGUAUCCACUUCCCGCUUGUUGCCUAUGCCCCGGUUAUCUCGGCGGCCAAGGCUGCCCACGAGGCCAACUCGGUCCAGGAGAUGACCAUGUCCUGCUUUGAGCCCAAUAACCAGAUGGUCAAGUGUGACCCCCGCCACGGCAAGUACAUGGCCACGUGCCUGCUGUACCGCGGUGACGUCGUCCCCAACGACGCGCACGCCGCCGUGGCGACGCUUAAGACCAAGCGGACCAUCCAGUUUGUCGACUGGUGCCCGACUGGCUUCAAGCUCGGUAUCUGCUACCAGCCCCCUCACCAAGUGCCCAACGGCGACCUGGCCAAGGUCAACCGCGCUGUGUGCAUGCUUUCCAACACCACUGCCAUCGCCGAGGCCUGGUCGGCUCUGUCGUCCAAGUUCGACCUCAUGUACUCGAAGCGUGCUUUCGUGCACUGGUACGUGGGCGAGGGUAUGGAGGAAGGCGAGUUCUCCGAGGCCCGCGAGGAUCUGGCGGCUCUGGAGCGCGACUACGAAGAAGUUGCCGCCGACUCGAUGGAGGGCGAGGAAGUUGAGGCCGAGUACUAGGCUGGCUAGCAGGCUUGGACAUAUCGGCACGCCGGGCUGAAUAUUCUGGUGGAUAAGUCGGGUCCUACCGACUUAAGUAACCCUUUGACCCGCAAUUCUGUUGGCAAUGGCCCGCUACGAUAUGGGUAUUCUUGGCAAGCGCGGGCCCAUGGUCUUGUUUGUUAGAUUGAAAGUGUAGACAAUCUUAAUCGAGAGAAACACAGCCGGGGUAAAUUGCUGGCUCUCUGUAGCUCCGCACACUUUCUCUUUUUACACCCGGACCUG